UGCCGCUGCCCCCGGGACUCGUCCACGCACGCACGCACGCGAGUCCCCAACCGCAGCCAAGAGCACACGACGCCGCCGCCCCACCCCACACCCUCGACCCGCCGCGCGCUCCCCAGUCACCUGCCGCUGCGCCGCCACAGCUCCGCUCAUCCCUCGAUCUACAGUUGUGCAGAUCCGUCCGGACGCGGACUCAUCUGCCCGGUUUCUCGGACUAAAGAAUUGUCAAACAUGGCAUCUAGUGGCAUGAAAGAUUUUUACCGGCAGAAAAAGAAAGGAGGUGUGACAAAGGCGUCAUCAUCUUCCAAGAAGAAAACACAGCAGUACACUGGAGGGGCCUCUGUCGGGGCCCCGGACACUGCUCAGACAUCAGCACUAGUUUCUCAUGGUUCCUGGGAUCUCAAAGAUGAUUUUGGUGACCAAGAGGAGCAGCUGCGACAAUUUGACAUGGACACGAAGUUUGGCCCAUGUAUUGGUGUUUCUAGGCUUCAGCGCUGGGAGCGUGCUUCUGCCAUGGGCCUCCAGCCACCAGCCCAUCUCCGGGAUCUCUUACUGCGUAUUCCAUCAACAAAGAAUCGCAGUGACAGCACUCCCUCUGUCGAGUGCCUCUGGGAGGGUAAAGUCUAGAAAUAUCUUCUACAAUAAGCACUGCGCGGUUGUUCAUAGUAACCUAGUGUGACCUGUUCCACUGCUUCCAUCAACCUCUUGUCACAUCUCUCUACUGCUUCAUAGGUUGGGGUCCAGUAGAUCACUAUGCAACCUCUUGUUGAUGUAUGAUGACACUGCUUUGUUUCUCUUGAGGAUCCUCAGCUUGGCUGAAUGUGCUCAGCUUCUUGCCAUUGAA